CUCCCCCGGCCCGCUGGCCGCCUGCCUCUGCCGGCCGGGCCCGGGCCUGCCCCAGACCCUAUAAGGCCUGGUAGCCGAGAGCAGAGCCAGCCCCCAGCUGCACCGCCUGUGGCUCUGAGGGACCCUCCCGCGCCCCAGCUGCUCAGAAUAUUACCAUGUCUGCCCAAGACGAAGGAGGCCGGGAUCCUCCCAAACCCAAGGGCAAGACCCUGGGAAGUUUCUUGGGGUCCCUGCCUGGCUUCAGUUCUGCCCGGAACCUUGUGGCCGGCGCCCACAGUUCUGCGAGAGAGGUCCGGCCGGUCGCCGACCCUGCGGGUGCGUCCCCGCAGCCCCAGGCUCAGGCAGCCACCAACCUGGAGCAGACGGCUGGCGGGGAGAAGCAGCCGCCGCCCUCAGAGAAGAUGACCUCUGGGGCAAAGGACCUGGUGAGCUCCAAGAUGAGUAAGACUAAGGACACCAUCUCCUCCGGGAUGGCCAGCGCAGUGGACACAGCCAAAGGUGUGAUGCACGGAGGCCUGGGCAUGACCCGGUCUGCCCUCUCAGGUGCCAAGGAGACUGUGGCCAGUGGCGUCACAGGGGCAGUGGGUGUGGCUAAGGGCACGGUCCAGACCGGCCUGGACACUUCGAAGACCGUCCUGAUGGGCACCAAGGACACCGUGUGCAGUGGGGUGACUGGAGCCAUGAAUGUGGCCAAAGGUGCUGUCCAGACCGGCCUGGACACUUCAAAGACCGUCCUGACGGGCACCAAGGACACCCUAUCUACUGGGCUCACAGGUGCACUGGGCAUGGCCAAGGGCACCGUCCAGACCGGCCUGGACACUUCAAAGACCAUCCUGACGGGCACCAAGGACACCCUAUCUACUGGGCUCACAGGAGCACUGGGCAUGGCCAAGGGCACCGUCCAGACCGGCCUGGACACUUCAAAGACCGUCCUGACGGGCACCAAGGACACCCUAUCUACUGGGCUCACAGGUGCACUGGGCAUGGCCAAGGGCACGGUCCAGACCGGCCUGGACACCACCAAGAAUAUUGUCACAGGCACCAAAGACACCGUGUCCGCUGGGGUGACAGGGGCAGUGAACAUGGCCAAGGGCACCGUCCAGACUGGCCUGGACACUUCAAAGACCGUCCUGACGGGUACCAAGGACACUGUGUCCACGGGGCUCUCAGGGGCAAUGAACGUGGCCAAGGGCACUGUCCAGACUGGCCUGGACACCACCAAGGCUGUCCUGACAGGUACCAAGGACACCGUGUGCAGUGGGGUGACUGGAGCCAUGAAUGUGGCCAAAGGUGCUGUCCAGACCGGCCUGGACACUUCAAAGACCGUCCUGACGGGCACCAAGGACACCCUAUCUACUGGGCUCACAGGUGCACUGGGCAUGGCCAAGGGCACGGUCCAGACCGGCCUGGACACUUCAAAGACCGUCCUGACGGGUACCAAGGACACUGUGUCCACGGGGCUCUCAGGGGCAAUGAACGUGGCCAAGGGCACUGUCCAGACUGGCCUGGACACCACCAAGGCUGUCCUGACAGGUACCAAGGACACCGUGUGCAGUGGAGUGACUGGAGCCAUGAAUGUGGCCAAAGGUGCUGUCCAGACCGGCCUGGACACUUCAAAGACCGUCCUGACGGGCACCAAGGACACCCUAUCUACUGGGCUCACAGGUGCACUGGGCAUGGCCAAGGGCACGGUCCAGACUGGCCUGGACACCACCAAGAAUAUUGUCACAGGCACCAAAGACACCGUGUCCGCUGGGGUGACAGGGGCAGUGAACAUGGCCAAGGGCACCGUCCAGACUGGCCUGGACACUUCAAAGACCGUCCUGACGGGUACCAAGGACACUGUGUCCACGGGGCUCUCAGGGGCAAUGAACGUGGCCAAGGGCACUGUCCAGACUGGCCUGGACACCACCAAGGCUGUCCUGACAGGUACCAAGGACACCGUGUGCAGUGGGGUGACUGGAGCCAUGAAUGUGGCCAAAGGUGCUGUCCAGACCGGCCUGGACACUUCAAAGACCGUCCUGACGGGCACCAAGGACACCCUAUCUACUGGGCUCACAGGUGCACUGGGCAUGGCCAAGGGCACGGUCCAGACUGGCCUGGACACCACCAAGAAUAUUGUCACAGGCACCAAAGACACCGUGUCCGCUGGGGUGACAGGGGCAGUGAACAUGGCCAAGGGCACCGUCCAGACUGGCCUGGACACUUCAAAGACCGUCCUGACGGGUACCAAGGACACUGUGUCCACGGGGCUCUCAGGGGCAAUGAACGUGGCCAAGGGCACUGUCCAGACUGGCCUGGACACCACCAAGGCUGUCCUGACAGGUACCAAGGACACCGUGUGCAGUGGGGUGACUGGAGCCAUGAAUGUGGCCAAAGGUGCUGUCCAGACCGGCCUGGACACUUCAAAGACCGUCCUGACGGGCACCAAGGACACCCUAUCUACUGGGCUCACAGGUGCACUGGGCAUGGCCAAGUGCACCGUCCAGACCGGCCUGGACACUUCAAAGACCGUCCUGACGGGCACCAAGGACACCCUAUCUACUGGGCUCACAGGUGCACUGGGCAUGGCCAAGGGCACGGUCCAGACUGGCCUGGACACCACCAAGAAUAUUGUCACAGGCACCAAAGACACCGUGUCCGCUGGGGUGACAGGGGCAGUGAACAUGGCCAAGGGCACCGUCCAGACUGGCCUGGACACUUCAAAGACCGUCCUGACGGGUACCAAGGACACUGUGUCCACGGGGCUCUCAGGGGCAAUGAACGUGGCCAAGGGCACUGUCCAGACUGGCCUGGACACCACCAAGGCUGUCCUGACAGGUACCAAGGACACCGUGUGCAGUGGGGUGACUGGAGCCAUGAAUGUGGCCAAAGGUGCUGUCCAGACCGGCCUGGACACUUCAAAGACCGUCCUGACGGGCACCAAGGACACCCUAUCUACUGGGCUCACAGGUGCACUGGGCAUGGCCAAGGGCACGGUCCAGACUGGCCUGGACACCACCAAGAAUAUUGUCACAGGCACCAAAGACACCGUGUCCGCUGGGGUGACAGGGGCAGUCACCAUGGCCAAGGGCACCGUCCAGACCGGCCUGGACACUUCAAAGACCAUCCUGACGGGCACCAAGGACACCCUAUCUACUGGGCUCACAGGUGCACUGGGCAUGGCCAAGGGCACCGUCCAGACCGGCCUGGACACCACCAAGAAUAUUGUCACAGGCACCAAAGACACCGUGUCCGCUGGGGUGACAGGGGCAGUGAACAUGGCCAAGGGCACCGUCCAGACCAGCCUGGAAACCACUAAGAAUAUUGUCACAGGCACCAAAGACACCGUGUCCGCUGGGGUGACAGGGGCAGUGAACAUGGCCAAGGGCACCGUCCAGACCGGCCUGGACACUUCGAAGACCGUCCUGACGGGCACCAAGGACACCCUAUCUACUGGGCUCACAGGUGCCCUGGGCAUGGCCAAGGGCACCGUCCAGUCCGGCCUGGACACUUCAAAGACCGUCCUGACGGGCACCAAGGACACCCUAUCUACUGGGCUCACAGGUGCACUGGGCAUGGCCAAGGGCACCGUCCAGACCGGCCUGGACACCACCAAGAAUAUUGUCACAGGCACCAAAGACACCGUGUCCGCUGGGGUGACAGGGGCAGUGAACAUGGCCAAGGGCACCGUCCAGACCGGCCUGGACACUUCAAAGACCGUCCUGACGGGCACCAAGGACACCCUAUCUACUGGGCUCACAGGCGCACUGGGCAUGGCCAAGGGCACCGUCCAGACCGGCCUGGACACUUCAAAGACCGUCCUGACGGGCACCAAGGACACCCUAUCUACUGGGCUCACAGGUGCACUGGGCAUGGCCAAGGGCACGGUCCAGACUGGCCUGGACACCACCAAGAAUAUUGUCACAGGCACCAAAGACACCGUGUCCGCUGGGGUGACAGGGGCAGUGACCAUGGCCAAGGGCACCGUCCAGACCGGCCUGGACACUUCAAAGACCAUCCUGACGGGCACCAAGGACACCCUAUCUACUGGGCUCACAGGCGCCCUGGGCAUGGCCAAGGGCACCGUCCAGACCGGCCUGGACAUCACCAAGAAUAUUGUCACAGGCACCAAAGACACAGUGUCCGCUGGGGUGACAGGGGCAGGGAACGUGGCCAAGGGGGCAGUGCAGACUGGUCUCGACACCAUCCAGAACUGGUUACCUGGCACCCGGGACCCUGUGUGGGGCGGACUCACCAGUUCCAGUGCCCCCCGCAAAGGAGGGGAAGCUCUGUCCCCCGGAGUAUCCAGCGCCCCGGACACACUUGGUGCAGGCCUGGACCUUGUCCGGGAAGCCACCGCUGAAGCAACACGUCCCCAGGGGGCCACCCUGGGCAGGGAGGAUGCGGGGCACGUGGCCACCGCACGCGGCCAUGAAGGACCCACGAGCUUCGCGACACUCCGGGACGAGCUGAAGGAGCUGGGGGACGUCUUCCAGCCCCUGGAUGCCGAGGAGCAAGCCCAGCUUGCCGCCUCCGAGCCUGAGCCAAGGGUGCUCACGGCCGACCAGCGCAGCUACUUUGUGCGUCUGGGCGACCUGGCCCCCGGCUUCCGCCAGCGGGCUUUUGAGCACGCCCUGAGCCACCUGCAACACGGCCAGUUCCAGGCCAGGGCCGCGCUGGCCCAGCUGGAGGACGCCUUCAAGCUGAUUCAGAAGGCCGAGCGGGCUCCAGAGGGCCAGUCACCUCCAGACCAGGGUCCGAGCAGCAGAGCGGAGGAAGGCGCUACCCAAGAGGUGCCGGACUCCGGGGCCCUGUCCAGGGCCUGCAGCCUCAUCCAGCAGCUCCACGUGGCCUACAGCUCCCUGGCCUCCGGCCUCCAGGGCCUCCCCGAGGAGCUCCAGCAGCGUGUCGGGCGGGCGCGGCACAGCCUGUGUGAGCUCUACGGCCUGGUCUCCUCGGCCAGCUCGGUCCAGCGGCUGCCGGCAGAGCGCCUGGCCCGGAGCCACGAGGGCGUGGGCCGGGCCUGGCAAGAGCUGGAGCAGGUGCUGGACAGCGUGCAGCACGGCCCGCCGCUCUGCUGGCUGGUGGGGCCCUUCGCCCUGCCGCCCGGCGGGCAGCAGGUGUAGGCCGCUCCCGGCCCACGGGGGCCCUCUGCGGGGCCUCCUCCCCGGCCCCAAACCGGCUCCCCCUCCCCGAAGGUCUGGACCCUGUGCUGCCUCGCCCCAGCGGGGCCCCCAAGGACCGUGAGCUCAGCAGCACCACGCACCCGGCUCCAGGCCUGCCCGCACCGUCCACCCCUUCUCCUCCGGGUCUGGGGGCCCAGGGUUGCUGAGACCGCUGACGGAGGGUGUUUGCCUGAGGAUCUCAAGCAAGCACUCCCAUUAAGAAAGAGAGACGGACACGUGCCUAAGUCUAGAAGGUUCCGUCCAGUUCUCUUGCUCCUCCCUCCUGGGCUCCCGGCUCUAUCCUCGCUCUAGAAGCAUACGCCCUCAGCAAACCAUGUUCCGUUGCAGCCGAAUGUACCAGAAGGCCACUGUCACCCCGAGGCAGGCUCCUACCACCUCUGCCAACGCUCAGUGUGGCCAGGGGGCUUUGUGAGGGUCAAGCUGUGGCAGCCAGCAGCCAUGGCUAUGCCCCGGGCCGGCUGGAGGACUGGACGGGGGCGGAUAUAAAACCAGCCGCUUUCCACCUGGGCCUACCCGGAGCUGAUGCUCUGUGGCCCUCCAAGCACCUGGGCUGAGGCCUCUGAGGAAGGACCAGCAGAGCUUCCCCGCAUGGGACGGGGCCCUGGGACGGUGGGGGCGGGUAUGUGACCGCAGGUGCUCAGCACGUUCAGGUAGGCCCCACACUUGGUCGAGGCUGGAGAACAGCUGUGACACAGCACCCCGUCCUUCCGGGCCACAGUUCCCCAAAUGCCCAGGGCAGCCACACCGGGGUGGCACAUAGGGAUACAGGACGCCAGGCGCGCCCUCCCUGGGCCUCACCUGUCCUCCGGCCGGGGGGACCCUUGCCAAGGAAGACCCCGCUUCCCAGAACCCGCAUCCCACCCUCGACCCCCCAGUCAGGCCCCAGGACCAUAGACCCUUCUCACACACGAUGCGGUGCUCUGAGCCCAGGAUGCGACACCAGCCUUCCCCCAAAGGGUCGCCAGGCUCCUGGGCGCUAGCCAUGUGAGACACGGGGAACGGGUCAGGAAGCCCCUCGGGCCCGUCCUUCCUUGGUGUCCCUCACGCACUGUCAUCGCAGGAAGAGAUGCUGGACACAGUCAUUCACACAAGCCGAGCACAGUAGCUGGAGCUCCAGUCCAGCCAAACCAAAUGAGGGGCGCCAGGCUCAGGAAGUCCCAGCCUGACCACGGCCUCGGUGGGAACGGAGGCUCCUGGCCAGGGCAGGGUAAGUCACAUACAGUGGGCGCCACUGUUUAGCCAGCAACUGCCCAGUGCGGGUGUCUGUCUGAAUCCGCGUGAUGGCCCCGUGAGCCUGGGAUCCUUACACAGGUGAGGAAUGAGAAGCCCGGGGUGGGAGUGCCACUCAUCCAAGGUCACAGAGCAAGUCCUGCCCCCAGUGCUCACACCCUUGGAACAUCAAGGACACUGGCCAGCCCACAGCGGCCCCCAAGCCUGAAUGGCUCGAAUGCCCCGAGCUACUGCUUCUGGGGACCCUGAAUCUUGCCUCGGGGGUCCCAGAGCCACCUGCAGCCUGGCUGGGAACAGAGAAGCACGGUCUCCACCCUCCGGGCCCAGGCCCACCCGCUGGGUCCCUGCUCCCGCCUGGGUGCUGGGCAGCCGCACGCAGGAGGGUCAGACCACAGCCUCCACUCGAACCCCCAUUACUUCUAUAAAGGCCCACCCCCCCACCCCCACUCUCCCUCACCGUCAGCCCUGCAGGGCCAGGCCAGGCAGGGGCACCUUCGCAACCAAGUUCACGUUCGCUGUGAAUGCUACGGCUUAAAUCCUUCGUCCCUGGACGGAUCCUGGACAGCUGCCCCAGCAACACUAGACAACCAAGUCAAUAAAAGUGACUUUCAUUAAAAAAA